GGCAAGAUUUAGCGGGCAGCGUCCCCACUGGCUUACUGUACACGUGCUAGGAUUCCAGACAGCACCAAGCCAGCUGAGCAACUCGAGCCUACUGCUAACAGGCCUGGCCAACCUGACGAUGCCACUUAUCCUGUACACCUGCCUCCUCUGCCUGUGCACCAGUGGCCUCUGGGCCAUCCAGGCUGAGGAUUCCAGUGCUGUCUCAAGCACAGAGAGCCAUCACCGAGGCCUGGCACCAACCAACGCAGACUUUGCCAUCAGCCUGUAUCAGCACCUGGUGGCCUCAGCUCCUGACGGGAACAUCUUCAUCUCCCCUGUAAGUAUCUCCAUGGCCUUGGCCAUGCUGUCCCUCGGUACCUGUGGCCACACGCGGACCCAGCUUCUCCAGGCCCUGGGCUUCAACCUAACCAUAAUGUCAGAAACCAAGAUCCACCAGGACUUCCAACACCUGCACCAGCUCCUCCAGGAGUCGGACACCAGCUUGGAAAUGGCCAUGGGCAACGCCUUGUUCCUCAGCCACAGCCUGCAUCCUCAGGAGUCCUUCUUAGCAGACAUCAAACGCUAUUAUGAGUCAGAGGCUUUUGCUGCAGAUUUUCAGGACUGGGCCAGAGCCAGCGGACAGAUCAAUGAGUAUAUCAACAAUAAGACACAGGGGAAACUUGUGGACAUGUUCUCAGAACCGGAUAGUCCAGCCAUCCUUAUCCUGAUCAACUACAUCUUCUUCAGAGGCACCUGGGAACAUCCCUUCGACCCAGAAAGCACCAGGGAGAAGAACUUCCAUGUGAACGAGACAACCACGGUGACGGUGCCCACGAUGUUCCAGUCAGGCUCUGCCAAGUACCUGCUGGACUCGGUGCUCCCCUGCCGCCUGGUGCAGCUGAACUUCACCGGGAAUGGGACCAUCUUCCUCAUCCUUCCUGUCCAGGGGCAGAUGGACGCAGUCAUCGCUGGGCUGAGCCGGGACACGAUCCAGAGGUGGUCGGAUUCCCUGACCCAAGGCCCGGUGGACCUGUACCUGCCGAAGCUCUCCAUCUCCGGUGCCUACGACCUCAGGGCUGUGCUGGCAGACAUGGGCUUUGCAGACUUGUUUUCCAACCGGGCCAAUUUCUCAGCCAUCACCCAGGAGGCCCCGCUGGAGUUGUCAAAGGUUGUCCACAAGGCCGUGCUCCAGAUGGACGAGAACAAUGUGAAGAAAGUGGCAGACCCUGGGGUCACCGUAAAGCAGGAGUCCGAGCCAGUCACCUUCAAUUUCAACCAUCCCUUCCUUAUCCUGAUCUUUGAUGACUUCACAUGGAGCCCCCUGCUCAUGGGCAAGGUCGUGAACCCGAGCUGAGAGCAUAGCCCCCCCCAGGAGCCGCUGCACCACCUGACUUUGAGGCAGAGCCCUCCUCCUGUCUUCUCCAGGAUUUCUUCGACCGGACCAGAGCUGUCCCUACCUUUCUGCGUCUUGUAAUAAAAAACAGUUGUUGCAAAUCUCA